GCAUCGUCUAACUCAACCUGUCGUAAAAAAAAAAAAAAAAGAAUAUGCGAAGACUGAAACUUUUGUAAGAAGCAUAAAGAAAAAGAACAACAAAUAAAGCAAAAAUCUUUAAAUUCAAGCUUUGAUUUUUGUUCCUAUAAAACCAAAGCUCUGUUUCUUUUUACCUAAUAAAUUUGCAAUCUUUGGUAAAUUUUGCAACUAUUUUUGGGUUACAUUUAGAUAUGCAGACGGAAGCAAGAGUUGGUGUGGUAAAUUCAAGCCCAGGAGGAGGAGGAACAAAUGGUGGGGUUGAAACAACAAGCUUGAAAUUUAAGCAGCAACAGCAAGAGUUAUUACAAGCACAAAAAACCCAGAUCGGUACUGUCUCUCAGUUGCUUGCUGGUGGGGUUGCUGGUGCUUUAAGCAAAACUUGUACUGCUCCUCUUGCUCGUCUCACCAUUCUCUUUCAGGUGCAAGGUAUGCAUUCUGAUGCUGCCACAUUAAGAAAAGCUAGUAUAUGGCGUGAAGCAUCACGAAUUGUUGGUGAAGAAGGUUUCAGAGCCUUCUGGAAAGGGAAUCUUGUGACUAUCGCACAUCGUCUGCCGUAUUCUUCUUUAAAUUUCUAUGCUUAUGAGCAGUAUAAGAAGUUACUAUAUAUGCUUCCAGGAUUGGAAAAUCAUGGUAAGAGUAUGAGUGCCGACAUUUGCAUACAUUUUGUGGGCGGUGGCUUGGCAGGAAUUACUGCUGCAUCUGCUACAUAUCCACUGGAUCUUGUUAGAACACGUCUCGCAGCCCAGACAAAUGAUACAUACUACAGAGGCAUUUGGCAUGCUUUACGAACUAUUUGCAAAGAUGAGGGGGUUUUAGGCCUAUACAAAGGACUUGGAACGACUCUCUUAGGUGUUGGACCCAGCAUAGCAAUUAGCUUUUCAGUAUAUGAGAGCUUGAGGUCUUUUUGGCAGUCACGCAGGCCCCAUGAUUCCACUGUCGUGGUCAGUCUAACUUGUGGCAGUCUUUCUGGGGUUGCAUCAUCAACAGCAAUAUUUCCAUUGGAUCUCAUUAGGCGACGGAAACAGUUAGAGGGAGCUGGUGGACGAGCCCGUGUUUACAAAACAGGGCUUUUUGGCACAUUUAAACACAUAUUCCAGACCGAAGGCUUUCGUGGCUUAUAUAGAGGGAUAUUGCCUGAAUAUUACAAAGUGGUACCCGGUGUCGGUAUAUGUUUCAUGACCUAUGAAACAUUGAAGACCCUUUUAGCAGAUGUUACCACAAAAUUAUAGUUCGUUUUCUUAAAUCCAACUGUUCGAACCGCAACUGAAACUACAGAUUGGUUGAAUUGGUUUAUGUGAUAGCACAACACAAUUUAACUUUCAUAGCUCAUUUUGCAGUGGCAGAUUUUGUUAUGCUACUGUGAUAAAUACAUUUUUCCAUGUAUAUAGAUGGAUGGUGACAUACAUUUCAAGUGUACCCUAUGAUGUCUGCAUCGUUAAAGAUUCAAUAUCGAUGGUGGUCAUCUACGAACACCCUUUUCCCAGGUUCAAGUUUUUACUUAAUUGCAGAAAUCAUUGGCAUGUAUCAUUACAUUCAUAACUUAAAUUUUUAGUAAUAUUUUACCUCUUACAA